CGCCGGUGGGUCUGCGUGCGUGGGGGAGCUCGGACUCGUUGCUAACUAGCGCGGAACGCGUUCGCGUUUGUCCAUUAAGCACGUCGGCCAUCGACCAGGCACUUCUUCACCGUCGCCCGCCCGUCCCCCCUCCACUCCCCACCCGCUGUCCAAGGCCCCGCGCGCGCCCUCGCAACCAUGGCCGACGACAUCGUCAUCGACAAGCAGCUCUUCCACGACCGCCUCGGCGGCUUCGUCGCCAAGUGGAAGGCCGACAAGCGCGCUGGCGACGCCGUGUUCCAGGGCGCCAGCUCCAUCGCCACCGUCGUGGGCAAGGCGAGCGAGCCCGGUAGCUACCUGAAGCCCGCCGCCUUCCAGCUAUGGCUGCUAGGCUACGAGUUCCCAGCGACGCUGUUCAUCCUCACGCCCGACCUGCUCCAGAUCGUGACUACGAAGAAGAAGGCCUCGUAUCUGGAGCCGCUCAAGGGCGGCAAGGUGCCCAUUGAGAUCCUCGUGCGCGGCAAGGACGCCGAGGAGAACAAGAAGCAGUUCCAGACGUGCAUCGACACCCUCAAGAACGCCGGCAAGAAAGUUGCCGUGCUCAAGAAGGACAGCUCGACCGGCGGCUUUGCCGACGAGUGGAAGGCUGCGUUUGCCGACGCAGGCAUCAAGGACGAGGACCAGGUCGACCUGGCGCCAAUUCUGUCGCAGGCCGCCUUGUCCAUCAAGGACGAGAAGGAGCUGCGCACCAUCCGCGAUGCCUCCCGCGCCUCGAGCGCCCUCAUGACCAGCUACUUUGUCGAGGAAAUGUCCGAUAUCCUCGAUUCCGAAAAGAAAAUCACCCACCGCGCCCUCGCCGACAAGGUUGCGAACAAGAUCGACGAUGCCAAGUUCUUCGAGAAGCAAAAGGUCUCCAAGAACUUCGAUGCCAUGCAGCUCGACUGGUGCCUGCAGCCGACCAUUCAGAGUGGCGGCGGCUACGAUCUCAAAUUUGCUGCCGAGCCCGACGAGAACAACCUGCACGCCGGCGUCAUCGUCUCGGUGCUCGGAUUGCGCUACCAGACCUACGGCGCCAUGGUCGGACGAACAUACAUGGUCGGACCCAACAAGGAGCAGGAGACGGCCUACAAGAUGCUGUUGGCUAUCCACGAUCUGGUCAUCAAGUCGAUCAAGGACGGCGUCAUCGCCAAGGACGUCUACAACAAGGCGCUGUCGCACCUGAAGUCGAAGAAGCCCGAGUGGGAGAAGCACUUCCCCAAGAACGUUGGCUACGGCAUUGGCACCGAGAACAAAGACAACUCCCUGCUUCUGAGCGGCAAGAACGUACGCGUGCUAAAGGACGGCAUGACCAUCGUUGUACAGACCGGUCUGCACGACCUGGAGAACAGCAAGCCGCAGGACAAGAAGAGCAAGACCUACUCCCUCGUCUUGGUGGAUACCGUCCGUGUAGGACAGGGAGACGCUUCCGUUUUCACCAGGGACACGACCUCUGAUCUGGACGCUGUUUCGUUCUUCUUCGACGAUGAGGAAGAGGAGGCCAAGCCCAAGGUCAAGAAGGAGCGCGCGCCGGCUAUUGCGCAGACAAACAUCACCAAGACCCGCACACGACACGAGCGAACGACGAAUCAGGACGCAGAGAAGGAAGAGCAGAGGCGGCAGCAUCAGCGCGAACUCCACCAGAAGAAACAGCAGGAAGGUCUGGAGCAGUACAGCGAGGGCGCCAAAUCUCUCAACGGCACCGAGGAGAAGAAGUUCAAGCGCUUCGAAUCCUACAAGCGUGACAACCAGAUCCCCAAGAACGUGGCAAAUUUGGAAAUUGUCGUGGACAAGAAGGCACAGACGGUCAUUCUGCCUAUCAUGGGUCGCCCAGUUCCGUUCCACAUCCACACCAUCAAGAACGCCUCUCACACACCGGAAGCUGAUGUGACAUCACUCCGUAUCAACUUCCUCUCUCCGGGUCAGGGUGUUGGCCGAAAAGAUGACCAGCCUUUCGAAGACCCCAACGCUCACUUCAUCCGUAGCUUGACCUUCCGCUCCCAUGACAUCGACCGCAUUGAUCAGAUCACCAAGGACAUCACCGAGCUGAAGAAGGAAGUCGUGCGACGGGACCAGGAGAAGAAGCAGUUGGAGGAUGUUGUCGAGCAGGACAAGCUCAUUCCUGUCAAGACUCGCAAGCCAUUCUCUCUCGACCUUAUCUUCAUCCGACCCGCACUCGACGGCAAGCGCAUUCCCGGAAGCAUAGAGAUUCACCAAAAUGGUCUGCGAUAUGUCCACGGCGGCGGAAGCGCUAAGAUCGAUGUUCUCUUCAGCAACAUGAAGCAUCUAUUCUUCCAGCCCUCGCAACACGAACUCAUUGUCAUCAUCCACGUUCAUCUGAAGAACCCAAUCAUGUUGGGCAAGAAGAAGACCAAGGAUGUGCAAUUCGUCCGUGAAGCCACAGAAAUGCAGUUCGACGACACAGGCAACCGCAAGCGCCGCCACAAGUUUGGUGACGAGGAGGAGUUCGAGCAGGAGCAGGAAGAGCGCAGGCGACGAGCAGCACUUGACAAGGAGUUCAAGAACUUCGCUGAGAAGAUCGCGGAUGCCGCUCGCAACGAGAACGUCAGCGUCGACAUCCCGUACCGCGAACUUGGUUUCAACGGUGUUCCCGCUCGCUCGUCAGUCCUGAUCCAGCCGACAACAGACUGCUUGGUCCAGCUCACUGAACCGCCCUUCACAUGUCUUACCCUUUCUGAGAUCGAGAUCGUCCACCUUGAACGUGUGCAGUUCGGUCUACGAAACUUCGACAUGGUUGUCGUCUUCAAGGACUACAACCGCCCGCCUGUCCACAUCAACACCAUCCCUGUUGAGUCCCUGGACCCCGUCAAGGACUGGCUUGACUCGGUCGACAUUCCCUUCAGUGAGGGUCCCCUCAACCUGAACUGGGCCACCAUCAUGAAGACUGUCACCUCCGACCCGCAUCAGUUCUUUGCCGAUGGCGGUUGGUCGUUCCUGUCGACCGAGUCGGACGACGAGGAUGGUGAGGAAGAGGAGGAGGAGUCCGCCUUCGAAGUCUCCGAGUCCGAGCUCGCCAUCUCAGACGAGUCAUCUGAGGAGAGCGACUUUGACGAAAACGCGUCUGACGAGAUGAGUGAUGAGGGCUCCGAAGACGAGUUCUCAGAAGGUGAAGACUGGGACGUGCUCGAGAAGAAGGCGGCGAAGAAGGACAAAGAGAGCACGCUGGAAGAGGAGGAAGAGAAGCCAAAGAAGAGGAAGCGUUGAGCUGUAUUCACUUGCAUUGCGCUUCGGCACUUGAGCCUCUUCCUUUUCCAUUCUUGUAAGAUUGACUACCAUGGGCUGACGAUGAAUGAGCGUUUGGAGUUUCAUAUCUAGGUACUGUCCCAGGAUAAAACAAAGUAUCUGCACAUUGAAAUCAAAUUCACUUUUCUCUGGAUGCACAUAAGCUCUCAAGUUUUAGAAAAAACGACGGAUAAGACCCCAAGCUUACUAACUUUAUAGAAUACAUAACUUAGAGCUAUUAUAAUACCUAAAGCUUAAACUUAGUUUAGAAUUGCCUAUAUUGUAGGUAAAAGGC